AUGCUAUCCUUCCUUUUUGCUAUCCAGGAGAUCAACCAGGAUUCCCAUCUCUUAACCAACAUCACUCUGGGCUACAAUAUCUAUGAAAAUUAUUUCAGUGCAGGGAAGACUUCAGAUGCUUUGCUGGACCUGCUCUCAGAUGGGGAGGCCAAUGUCCCCAACUACAGUUGUGGGAGGCAGAGAAACACAGUGGCUGUUCUUGAAGGGGCUGAAAGUGGCCUCUCUAUCCAGAUAUCAUCCAUGUUGGGCACCUACAAAAUCCCACAGGAUGUCUUUUCUGUGAAACACUGGAGUCGGUGCAGAGAGAGGGGAAAACUGCUGACUGUGACCCAACAGGAAAAGGAUCGGAUCCUGAGUCUAGAUAACUAUUUCAUUUACACCACCAUCUGGGCUGUGGCCUGGGCCUUACAUGCAGCUUAUUUGCCUAGAUCCAAAAGGACAAAGACGAAAGGUGGUAAGAACUUGAAAACUCCAACACUGACAUCUUGGCAGCUUCAUCCCCUCCUUGCAAACGCCAAGUUUUAUAAUAAAUCCAUAGAUGGAGUGUAUCUAGAAGAGAAGGGAGACCUGACAGCGGACCUGGAUGUUGUUAUGUGGCUGCUUCGGAACAGGACAACUAGAAAAGUGGUGUUUGGUAGCCUCGAAAAACAGAGAACCCUGGAUUUCAAGCUUAUGGUCAAUCCAAAGGGUGUAGCAGAGAUCAGUAAAUUGAACAAGCCCCUCCCUCCUUCCAGGUGUGUGGAAAGCUGCCGUCAAGGAUUCAUGAAGGUGGAACAGGAAGGGAAGCCGAUCUGCUGCUAUGACUGUCUUCCCUGUCCUGAAGGAACCAUCUCCACCAUGGGAGAUGCAGAAGAAUGCAGCAAAUGUCCAGCAGACCAAUAUCCAAAUAACAACCGAGAUCACUGUAUUCCAAAGAUUAUAACUUUUCUAUCCUAUCAAGAAAAAUUGGGGAUCACCUUGAUUUCCAUUGCCUUGUUUCUCUCUUUCAUCACAUGCCUUGUCUUGGGAACCUUCAUUAAAUUCCAGGAAACUCCCAUAGUCAAAGCCAACAAUCGGGACCUCUCUUAUAUCCUUCUUGUUUGUCUCCUGCUUUCCUUCUCCACCUCCUUCUUGUUCAUUGGCCAGCCAAGGAGAGCCACCUGCCUUCUUCGACAAACAGCCUUUAGCAUCAUCUUCUCUGUUGCCAUUUCUUCAGUCUUGGCCAAAACCAUCACAGUGGUCCUGGCCUUCUGGGCCACAAAACCAGGGAACAAUGUUCAGCAAUGGCUUGGAAAGAAUUUGACCAACUCCAUCAUCCUUUCCUGCUCUGGUCUCCAAGUUGUUCUCUGCAGCAUCUGGUUGGGUAUUUUCCCUCCAUUCCCUGAAUCUGACAUGCACUCACAAUCUGGAGAAAUCAUUCUACAGUGCAAUGAAGGCUCUGUCACCAUGUUUUAUGGGGUUUUUGGUUACAUGGGGUUCCAGGCCACCAUCUGCUUCACAGUGGCUUUCCUGGCCAGGAACCUACCUGGGGCGUUCAAUGAAGCCAAGCUUAUUACCUUCAGCAUGCUGAUCUUCUGCAGUGUCUGGGUGUCCUUUGUGCCCACCUACCUGAGCACCAAAGGGAAGUACAUGGUGGCUGUGCAGGUUUUCUCCAUCUUGGCCUCCAGUGCAGGACUUCUGAUCUGCAUCUUUUUCCCCAAGUGUUUCAUUAUUUUUCUAAGACCAGAUCUGAAUACAAAGGAACAUGUGAUGUCAAAAUAA